GCGCAGUCCUCUCAUGUCGACUUUCUGCGGCAAGUACGGAGUUUAGAGCCAGUGCUGCUCUUGACUGAUGCGGGAAUAACGACGGCAAGCGCUCGUGAAUGUCAAAAACAUAGACGCAGACUUAUAAGUUUAACGAUCAUUGCGAGUAAAUGGGAUUCAACGUCUUCCGUGCAGAAUGUGAAGAAUCCCUUAAAGGAUGUGCGGAAUUAAAGGCUCGUCCGCUGCGCCUUUAUUCUUGCUUUUGGGUUUUAUCUCCGUGUCCUCGAUUAAUGCCGACAGUUUAUCCGCUCCGCUCAAUGUGACCAUCAAACCGCUAGAAGGGAACUCUGCGAUAGUCACAUGGGAUAUUCUGGAAGGCGACCCAGUCAUUGGGUUUGCAAUCACCCAGCAGAAAAAGGAUGUUCGUAUGUUAAGAUUCAUCCAGGAGGUAAACACCACCACACGUUCAUGUGCACUGUGGGAUCUGGAGGAAGACACAGAGUACAUUGUCCAUGUGCAGUCUAUUAGUAUGAGCGGAACCAGCCCACCCAGUGAACCCGUUCUGUUUCGCACUCCCAAAGAAUCAGAGAAACUGGCCUCCAAAAGCCCAGAUGAAGUGACCAUGGAGGAGGUUGGCCAGGCUGCCCAGCUGAGGGCUGGAGAGCUCAUAAUCAUUGUGGUCGUUCUCGUCAUGUGGGCGGGUGUGAUAGCUCUCUUCUGCCGUCAGUAUGACAUCAUUAAAGACAACGAGCCCAACAAUAACAAGGACAAAGCCAAGAACUCAUCAGAGUGCAGUACCCCAGAGCACCCCACGGGGGGGCUACUGCGCAGCAAGGUCUAACUCCGCCUACCCCUUUCGGCAAUAAUAGGCUUUGGCCUCAGGACAGUGCUCUGAGACAAAACAAGUGAGCCAUCAAACAACAGAGUUGUGAAGCCCACCGCUCAUCUUUCAAACAAACUUUGAGUAUUCCCAUCAACCAACAUGAACCCUUUGGUGCUUGUCUGUUUGGGACAUCGACACAAAACCGAGGACAAAACUUGUACAGGUGGAUUCCAGAAUCGCACCGCUGCAAGUCCAAGAGGUAUGGAGCGAGUUGUUGAGUUUUAAUCUCCAACUGAAGCCGAGGACAGCCACUUUAGCUAAAGGACUCAAACCUUGCUAAAAGACCGGAGACACCAUGCCACCUGGAGCUGUGUAGUCUCACAGAGAUAAGAAGAAACCCUGUCACCCCAUGUGGCAAAUCCUAUAUAACACAGUAUGGUGUGUUGUGAAGAGGGAAAAUGUGUGUUAUCGGUUCUGAAACGGGAUCGGGACUAUCAUUAAACUUCUGUCACUGACAGGGAUAGCAUUACCAUAUGUCACUCCUCUAUCGCCCAUAAAUUCUCUCCCUCUUGUAUUUGGUCCCCUCUUUUUUCAGCCGUCUAAUAUUGAUUUCUUUACAUCCCUCUAUGCACCCCCUCCCUUCACUUACUGUUUCCAACAGCCAAUCACGAACAGUCCAGAUAACCUGGUGUGGUUUAACUGGUGCAGUGAAAUCUUUCUAAGCACUCUCGCUCUCAGGGCAUUCAGGAAAACAUCACACAAGAAUGCGAUGGGCCACAUCACUUCGCUCAGAACUGCAAACCCAUCGAUUGGUGAAGAUCUCCAUAUUAUAAUAGUGAUAGAAAAUGUAUUUAAUCGCUUGUGUGUUUCGAGUAAAUCAACAGCUUGCUGUCUUCAAUGAGCACAUUCUUGUACAGUGAUGGAUACUUUGGUCUUCAUAUUACAUUCAUGGACAUUCUUCAUGAGUAUGGCUAUUCUAUUUACUGCUUUUACGUGCUGCUACGAUACAGAGUUGGUUCCUUCUAUUUCUUUUGGGAUUUACGUCCCUUUUAAACAAAGUCUUAGUCUUAAGGCUGAAGUAUAGCUCCAUUUUUAUGCGUACGCGAGGGGCGGCAUACAGUGCGCAUGGCGCACAUUUCGUCAUCAGAAUAGUAUGAGCGUAACAUAGUUGCCACCUGGUGGUUAAGCUAAUUACUGCAAGAAAUGGAAUGUUCUUGCGCGACCUGCGCAUACUUUGUAAGCAAGGUAACAAAAUUCCAGCGGUGCGCGUACAGCAAUAUGUCGCAAUGCGCAUGCGUCAAUACCCGUACUCGUACGAGUCAAAAGUAGUAUGCUUUGCAAAGUUGAGCGUUCGGCUGUAAGCGCCAAGCCCUCUUAUUUCUUAGUCCUUCCACCCAUUUGUCAGACACCAUU